AUGGUAAAAAUCCUUCUUGUUGAAGACAAUGAAAUGAACCGUGAUAUGCUCUCUAGACGCCUUAUUCGCAAAGGACAUGAAAUUUUAACCACAAUUGACGGUGAAGAGGGUGUCCGUAUGACAGAAGAGGUAAAGCCAGACCUGGUUUUGAUGGAUGUGAGCCUUCCUAUCAUUGACGGUCUCGAGGCAACACGACGCAUCAGAAAUCAUGCCAAUGAUGAUAUCGCAAAGACACCUGUCAUUGCUUUAACCGCACACGCCAUGGAAGAAGAUCGAAAAAAAGCUUUAGAUGCAGGGUGCAAUGACUUUGACACAAAACCCGUAGAUUUGCCCCGCCUUCUCGACAAAAUUCAAGGACUCUUGGCGUAA